UCUCUUUCUCUCUCUGUGUCUCUCCAUCAGCCCCAGGUCACUCUAUCAUUGGGUACGUUUACGUUCGCAUCGUGGCGAUCAACCUAUUUCUACUGCCACAGACCAGGCUGGAUCACCUUGGUGCAGGUAAGGGUGUGACCUCCCAGGCCAGGGGUCCAUUACUGGGGUCUGUCAUUGAGGGGGCUUGGGGGUCAGUGGUGUUGAGUGGGGUACAGGUGAGAAAAGGUAGGGAUUUGAAUGGAUUAUGCUACAGACAACUUUAUCUAACUUUCCAUUAACUCAGAUGUAGCUGAGGUUUAUACUAAAAGUGUAUCAUACAAGCCUGUCAGUGAGAAUUAAUUUUUGGAAUGACAUAGCUGCAAGUUACAAAUAGGAUAAAUCCUUUUUUUUUAGUUUUUCUUUCUACAACCCAAGUCUUGCAAUUAGUCUGUUGCUAACUAACCGUACAAUGACCCAGGUGUUUUUUUUCUAGUUUGUAAUUGGUACAAAAAAUACUGUCAAAUCUAACGAGCAUUAUGUGUGAGUUGUAUAGUACAAUUGAAGGUCUGUAGUGUUUGGUUGUGGCCCAUGAUGUUUCAAACAACAACUAACAUCACGCUUCUCUUCAUCAGUUUAAUUAGUGAUGGUAUAUGUGAAGAAAGUUGACUUUUUUUUGUUUUCCCGCUCACCUCAAUUUAGUGGUCGACGGAGGUUAAAAAAGCUCAGGGUCACAAGGUUUGAGAGAUUAUGGUGGUAGUGAACAGUGUCUUCUUAUCUGUCCAGCAGCCUCUGUUGUUCCAAUGUUAUAUACAGUUGCAUAGUAUUUAUAAUCAACAUUCUUUUAUGUGUAUUUGGAGCACUACAUAUUCAUUGUGUAACCAGAUAUAUGAAGACACAAUGUUAAGUUAAUACACAUUAAAAUAUUCUAGUUCUUACUGUACACUUCAAGCUUUUAAUGUCUGUCAUUGUACCACGAGUUACCAACAGCCUCUUUUUUUCUUUACUGUAUUUGGAGUAGAGUAGAUCUGUUAAAUGACGUGUUACUGUACAAAAUAGUUUUUACAGUAUGAGUUGUAAUAUUGUAAAUGACUGUAAUGGAUGACUAGAGCACUAGGGUGUCUGUCUGGCCUGAGGAGGGCGUAACCCAGAGAUAAGACUCUGUGAGUCUCCCACUCAAACCACUGCAUGGGCCACACUGUCUCAACGGCUGACUCAUGGUUAGGAGCACGACUCAUAGCGGCUGUGACACGAGCUGGCGGUAUCUUGAUUAAAUGGGCCUCAAAAUGUGUCAUAAGUGUGCUUAUAAGGUUUACUUGUGUAGAGGUUCAUAUGCUCUGUUGGUUGGGCUUGUCACACAUUGUGACCAAUUUGGCUUCACUGUGUGUAUGAGGAGCCCAUGAAAACAUGACAAAAACAGUCCAUUUAGAGUUUACCCCAGAUUACCCCAGAUAGAGUUUACCCCAGAUUACCCCAGUUAGAGUUUACCCCAGAUUGCCCCAGUUAUAGAACUGAUGCAGGGGUAGUUGAGUCUCAAGCAUUCCCAGUAUUAUUCUUCAGGGCCAGGGCCAUAAGCCCCUCCCCCAACCCCUAAAAUGGGUCAAAAUAGAGCUGAGAGGUCUAGACUAGAGCAAGGUCUUAUUCGAUGUCACUGUUGAACCAUUGAUUGUGACAUUAGAGGGAAUCCCCUAAUAUCCCCCCUCUAUAUGAGAGUGGGCUGGCAUUCCUUAGCUCUUCGGAGACUAAAUCAUUGGUACGUUUUUAUUUACAAGGCCAUACUGAGACAGCUCCUUUUCACCUGUGUACCUACAUUGUCCACAGACAAAUGACAACUAUCACCUGCGCUCACAUGACUGUGGAUGGUUGACUGUGCCGAAGGCCCAUACAGAGCUAGGGGGAAAAGGUUCCAGUUCUCUGCCCCUUCCAUUUGGAAUGAGCUUCAAGAAGUCCUGGAAAUUACAGGAGCUCCUCCCUUUACAUGUGUUUAAAGCUAGGGUAAACACUAUGAUGGAAAAUGAAGUGAGGGCCUGUCAAUGUUUUGACCCUUCAUUGCACCACAAUUCCCCAAAACCAUCUUGCUGCUCAAUGUGUAAAUAUAUGUUUUUAAACUGUAGUGUUUUGCUUUUUUGGCCAGGUCUGUCUUGUAAGAGAUUGUUCAUCUCAAUGGUAAAAUAAAGGUUAAAUGCAUGUCUGUAUUUCAUGUGUCUAAUUCUAGUGUGUUUGUGUUUGUUCAUUUAUGUCAAUGUGCAUUCACAUUGCAGGGUAUGCACAAACGUUGCUGAAAGGACAGACGAAGCAAGCACUGACACACUACAAUGGAGAACGAUCUGUCUUUUGGAGAGGUGGACAAAACACAUUUUUAUUGCAAUAAUGCAGUAGAUGGGAUGGGGAAAUAUGAAUUGUCAAUUCAAAGUAUUUGUUACAUUUUAUUUACAUAUUUUACAUUGACCCCCCCCCCCCCCCCCCCCUCUCUCUCUCUGAUUCCAUCCAGGAUGUCAUGUCCUAUGAGGAGGAGAGUGACUCUGCCUUCCCAUCUCCGAUCAGACCGUGUGUGCUUCCCCCUCUUAAAAGUUGUAUUUGUUUGUCUAAUUUGCAUUUCCUCAUACAAGAAGUCCAACCUGAACCAUAUUAUAAGGAAUUAAAUGAAUGGGUGAAAGUGUCUAUAACAUCAUAUUGUCAACAUAUACAUCAACUGGUUGUCUAAAGAUUGUCAGUGAGAGUGAUCAGAAGUAGGCCUACUGUAAGUUAUUAUACAACUCCACCCCCCACUGGCCUAAGCCAGCAUGACAUCCUUAUCUGAGAAGGCAGGACCGAUAAUGCAGAGCUUGCCCAAGUCUCUCACUGAAGUCACCAAUCUCUGGUAACACAACCAGCGAAUGGUUCUGACGAUACAGAAUAUAAACUACAGGCUUUUGCUGCCCCUUUUGGCCAGAACACAAAACAUCAGGAGCUGCAGGUGCAUGGAUGGACGUUUUUUAAAAAUUUAUUUUUCAAAAAAUUGCAAAUCCUUCUCUCUGUCAAGGGGGCUGACUUGCGCCAUUUCAUAAAAGAAAGGAGCACAACCUAGCCUGUUGUCUGUAAGAUCUGGUGAGGAGCAGCACACCUGCGUCCUGUGCCCCCUCACUAACCUGGUUCUCCCCCCUCCCCCUCCCUCCCCAGGACCCCACCGGGCCACAGUGGCAACUAUGACCUGGAGCAGAGCAGGCAGGAAGAGGACAGCGACCAGGCAAUCCAGAGCAUCGUCAUUCACACCGACCCAGAGGGUGAGCACUAAACGCCAAUCAACACAUUCUCUCUACACCCCUCUGUAUGUCUCUCCUACACAAGUACACCUCCAAUGGAGUGCUAGGACUGAACACUCCCUCUCUGUAUUUCAGUCUAUCUGAACCUGAACACCAACGCCAACACCAGAGGGGAUGCUCAGGUAAGCUCCAUUUGGGGUAUAGCUUCAAAUCAAUGGAUACCUGGUAUAUUGAAAAGGCAGUUGGCAUUUUGAACCUGAUCAUGACAUUGUGUGUGUGUGUCUCAGGCCUAUGUGGAGCUGAACGAGCUCAUGGGCAGCAGCUGGCAGGAGACAGGCCGCUGGGUGGGCUAUGAGGAGAAUUUGAACCCAGCAACGGGCAAGUGGGGCCCCUCCCACGUCUCCUACCUUACCUUCAAGAGUCUGAUCCAGCUUCGCAAGAUCAUGAGCACAGGUGACUAUCUGGGCCAAAUUAUCACUCAAUCUGUAAUAAUUUCUGGACAUAAUCUGGAUAAUUUCAUGAGGUUAUUAUCAAAUGAAUCUUUUCUCAAAGCCACCAUAUGAAUCUGUAUUUCCAACACUAGGUGGCAGGCAGCAACAGGCCAUGUUUGACCUAUCCCAAAACUAUGUCUGUGUGUGUUCAGGUGCGGUCAUUCUGGACCUGCAGGCCAGCAGUCUGUCUGCUGUGGCUGAGAAGGUGGUGGAUGAAUUGCAGAACAAGGGUGAGAUCCGUGCCACUGAUAGAGAUGGCCUGCUGAGGGCUCUACUGCAGAGACGCAGUCAGUCUGAGGGAGCUGGGGCUCAACCUGUGGGAGGAGACAUCGAGAUGCAGACCUUCUCUGUCACCAAGCAGGUAACACUAGGCUUAGGAGCUAUAUCCCACCGCUAAAUCUCAAUAUCACUCCAGCACUUCAUGACUUCAUUCAACCUCUCACCCUCUUUCUUUGAUAAAUCUAUCUUUCUCUCUCUCCCAAUAUCUCACUAACUGACCUUCCACCCUUCGCUUUUCAGAGAGAUACAACUGAUAGUGUGGAAGCCUCCAUUGUCCUCUCAGGUAGGCUGUGUGUGAAAAGUGAAAUACAACUCACCACCAACUGGAAACUCUGUCUGAUUUGCCUAUUCAACCAUUUAUUCUAAAAAGUAUGGAGACUCUGUAAUUUACAUCAUUUAGCAGACGCUCUUAUCGAGAGCGACUUACAGUUAGUGCAUACAUUUUUCAUACUGGCCCCCCGUGGGAAACGAACCCACAACCCUGGCGUUGCAAGCGCCGUGCUCUACCAACUGAGCUACAGGGGACCUCGUAAUAAUAAUAAUAAUAAUAAUAAUAUGCCAUUUAGCAGACGCUUUUAUCCAAAGCGACUUACAGUCAUGUGCGCAUACAUUUUUACAUAUGGGUGGUCCCGGGGAUCGAACCCACUACCCUGGCGUUACAAGCGCCGUGCUCUACCAAUUGAGCUACAGAGGACCACGUAAUCUAAGCUCUAUGUGUGUUCCAGGGGUGAUGGACUCCCUGGAGAAGCCUGCCGUGGCCUUCGUCAGGCUGGGGGACUCUGUGGUGAUAGAGGGGGCCCUGGAGGCCCCUGUGCCGGUGCGCUUCAUCUUUGUGCUGGUGGGCCCUAGCCAGGCAGGAGUGGACUACCAUGAGAGUGGCCGUGCCAUGGCUGCCCUUAUGGCUGACUGGGUGAGAAAAUAGGAGUGGAAAGAGGAAUGAGACUUAUUAAGGCCAGGGAGCGCAAGGGGUGAGGGAAGGAAUGGGAAGAUAGGAGAGGGAAGAAUGAGGAGAUAGUAUCUAGAUUAAUCUUUUCAGUGUUUUACAAUAGCUAACCCUGCUCUCCCCACGUCUCCGGUCCUUCAGGUCUUUAGUCUGGAGGCUUACCUAGCCCAGACUAACAAGGAGUUGACCAAUGCCAUCGCUGAUUUCAUGGACUGCAGCAUCGUCAUCCCGCCCACUGAGAUCCAGGACGAGGGCAUGCUCGAGCCAAUCAUCAACUUCCAGAAGAAGAUGCUGAAGGACAGACUCCGCCCCUCUGACACCCGAAUCAUGUUUGGUGGCGGGGCCAAAGGUCAGUCACACAGACUAACCUUGUAGUUACAACUAAUCUAAAUCUACAUAUAACUUGUUAAUUCAAUUUCCAAAUUAGGGAUUGUUUACGUUUGGCCUACAUUUCCUUCUAAUAUGAUUUUCCAAAUAAAAUGGAUUGAUGUUUUGAAAAUGCAGAGAUUCUGGAGAUUCUAGUUUAAACCCGUCCAAAACACUUGCUCUGUCUGUGCUCAUUUUGAGUCAUUAUUUGUUUUGUUUUAUCCAGCUGAUGAGGCCGAUGAGGAGCCCAGAGAAGACCCGCUGGCCCGGACAGGCAUUCCCUUCGGCGGGAUGAUAAAGGACAUGAAGCGGCGGUACCGCCAUUACAUCAGUGACUUCACAGACGCCCUCGACCCCCAGGUCCUGGCUGCUGUCAUCUUCAUCUACUUCGCUGCCCUGUCCCCUGCCAUCACCUUCGGAGGCCUGCUGGGUGAGUUCAUGUCUGAAGGAGGGACCCACCUAGUAUCAUAGAGGACAGGAGCACUGACUGACUCUAUGUAGGAUUUGUAUGUAGGCCUACAUAAUAGUGGUUAAAAUCAUGACCUUCAUCCCCCUGACCUCUGCCUCCAGCCGAUAAGACGGAGCACAUGAUGGGCGUGUCUGAGCUGAUGAUCUCCACCUGCGUCCAGGGCAUCAUCUUCGCCUUCUUGGCAGCCCAGCCUACACUGGUCAUCGGCUUCUCUGGACCACUGCUGGUGUUUGAGGAGGCCUUCUUUGCGGUAUGUACCAUAGAACUUUCACAUGACAGCUCAAUGAGCCCUAGCUCUGACCCCUGAUGACAGUAUGCUGAGCCAUCACUGCUUUAUGUCAUCAGGAUGUCAGUCAUUUUAGGCUAUUAUGAUAACUGUGAAUUUAAAAGUUACAAUGCAAGUACAUCGUUAACAUAAGCAACUUAUUUUUAUCAAUCCCAUUGUCUAGUUUUGCAAGUCCCAGGAGAUUGAGUACAUUGUGGGCCGUAUCUGGGUAGGCUUGUGGCUGGUGAUCAUCGUGGUGGUCAUCGUGGCCGUGGAGGGCAGCUUCCUGGUCAAAUUCAUCUCCCGCUUCACCCAGGAGAUCUUCUCGAUCCUCAUCUCCCUCAUCUUCAUCUACGAGACCUUCAGCAAGCUCAUCAAGGUACCACACAUCACUCCACCUCAUCUCCUCACAUCCAUCCCAACAUUUACAUCCAUCCACCAUCCAAGGCACUUUUUUUAUACCUAAACUGACUGCAUCACUUCUUCUUUUUAUAAGAAACAUUAAUGUGUUGAAAAUCCCAAAUUGUUUGCAUAGUCAACUUACACACAGCUCUGACACACACACUUACCCCACCAGACAUGCCACCAGGGGUCUUUUUACAGUCCCCAAAUCCAGAACAAAUUCAAGAAAGCGUACAGUAUUAUAUAGAGCCAUUAUUGCAUGGAACUCCAUUCCAUCUCAUAUUGCUCAAAUAAACAGCAAACCAGGUUUCAAAAAAACAGAUAAAGCAACACCUCAUGGCACAAUGCCUCUCCCCUAUUUGACCUAGAUAGUUUGUGUGUAUGUAUUGAUAUGUAGGUUACGUGUGCCUUUUUAAAAAAUGUUUUAUGUAGUUCUGUCCUUGAGCUGUUCUUGUCUAUUAAUGUUCUGUAUUAUGUCAUGUUUCAUGUUUUGUGUGGACCCCAGGAAGAGUAGCUGCUGCUUUUGCAACAGCUAAUGGGGAUCCUAAUAAAAUACCAAACUGUAAAUACAAAAAUAAAACCUGUCUUUCUCCUUUCCUUCACACCCCUCCUGUCCUCCGCUGCUAACUCAUCUACAUACCUACUUUUCUUCUCUUGUUAUUCAGAUCUUCAAAGCUCACCCUCUGAUUCUGAACUACGAGCACUUGAACGACUCCCUGGAAAACCCUUUCCACCCGGUGGUGAAGGAGCACAUAGAGUUACAUGAUGAUGGCAACAAGACAGUGCACGAGGUCGUACUUGAGAGGGCCUACCCCAACACCGCCCUGCUUUCCAUGUGUCUUAUGUUCGGGUGUUUCUUCAUCGCAUACUUCCUCCGUCAGUUCAAAAAUGGCCACUUCCUCCCUGGACCGGUAAGAGCUACAGCUUUUUUCAACAGUGAUGACUACUGUAUGUCUGUGAACAAAGCAAACUUUUAACAACCUGGUGCUUAUUCAGUAUGUUGCUGCUGAACAGUAUUGAGGAGAGAUGAAUCAGGAUAGGGUAUUUUAGGGCUGGAGAGCCCCCUCUGUUUUCUGUGUGUGAUAGCCUUCACUUUAUAUGCUUUCCCUAUCACCAGAUUCGUCGGAUGAUUGGAGAUUUCGGUGUUCCCAUCGCCAUUUUCUUCAUGAUCGCUGUGGAUAUCACCAUUGAGGAUGCCUACACUCAGGUUCGUGAUUUAUAGGUUUGUGUUGCCUUGACUAAAAGGUGAUCUCAGUGUAUAACAUAUCCUCAAACUGUUUCAUGUAAAAAGGGAUAUCUAGUAAUAGAUUAAAUACAGCAUAUGUAUUUUGUGUGUCCCCUGGCAGAAACUUGUGGUGCCCAAGGGUCUUAAGGUGUCCAACCCCAACGCCAGAGGCUGGUUCAUCAACCCCAUGGGAGAGAAGAAGUCUUUCCCCGCCUGGAUGAUGGGCGCGUGUUGUGUGCCAGCCCUGCUGGUCUUCAUCCUCAUCUUCCUCGAGUCCCAGAUCACUACGUUAGUAACAUCAUCUUCAUGUCCAUAGUCCCUCCCCAACCGCUAAGCCUCCUCUCAUUGUUUGGCCUCUGACCUUUCCAGGCUGAUUGUGAGCAAACCAGAGAGGAAGAUGGUGAAGGGCUCUGGUUUCCAUCUGGACCUGCUCAUCCUGGUCACCAUGGGAGGCAUCGCCUCCCUGUUUGGGGUGCCCUGGCUGAGUGCCGCCACUGUGCGUUCUGUCACCCAUGCCAACGCCCUCACUGUCAUGAGCAAGGGAACUAAGCCUGAGAUCGAGAAGGUGCUGGAGCAAAGGAUCAGCGGCAUGCUUGUGGCCGCCAUGGUCGGUAAGUGCUACCAUAUAGGCUACUGAGAUUUAGCUGACGCAGUCACUACUGACGAACAGACAGAACACUGGAUGUCUAAACAAAAGGCCAGCACAGUCCUUUGUUGAUCUCCUAAAAAUGUCUGAGAAAUAUUGUUGUUCCUGCUAUUCCCAGGUGUGUCUAUUCUCUUGGAGCCUAUCCUGAAGAUGAUUCCAAUGACUGCUCUGUUUGGAAUCUUCCUCUACAUGGGUAUAACCUCACUCAGUGGGAUCCAGAUGUGGGACAGAAUACUUCUACUUAUUGUACCCAGGAAAUACUAUCCUACUGACGCCUACGCACAAAGGGUAUGCUGCCUCUCUCCAUCCUCCAAUCAUCCUCCUCUCUGUUUCAUCAUUUUAUAUCAUUAUUUCAUUUAUGAAACAUACCAGACAAUUCCUACACAAUAACACACUGUGGCAAUCACAAUGUCAUUAUCUGAAUAAUCAUAAAUGACCUUUGCACUUACAAGUUUUACACCAUAGUAAAUAUCAGGGGUGCAACUUUUGUUUUAGAAGUGUGGGGGGGGGGGGACAUUAUUUUGUAUUUUAUUUUUAUACAGUCGGAUAAACACUCCAAACAGCCUACCUGACCGCUCUGAGGCGUCCGCAUGGUCCUAAAGCACACUGUUGCCUCGUUUUGUAUCACAUUCCAAUUAUAAAUCUGGGGGGACAAAAAUGCAAUUUCAGAAUGUGGGGGGGACAUGUCCCCCCCGUCCCCAGUGAAAGUUGCGCCCCUGGUAAAUAUAAGUAUAUAUCCAAUGUGUUGCCCCUGUCUGAACCCUCCUUCUCUCAUCUCCUUACUGUAGGUAACUACCAUGAAGAUGCACUUGUUCACUCUGAUCCAGAUGGUGUGUUUGGGAGCUCUCUGGAUGGUGAAGAUGAGUGCCUUCUCCCUGGCUCUGCCCUUCGUCCUCAUCCUCACCAUCCCUCUGCGCAUGGCCAUCACUGGAACACUCUUCACUGACAAGGAAAUGAAAUGUGUAAGUGGCACACAAAUGUUGUAAUGUGGUUAACUACAAUCACAGGCACAUGCAUGUGUUAUGGGUAGGAGCCUGGUCUCAGGUCAGGACCUUAUGUUAUGUGCUUUAGACAACUAUUGUUGUCAUGCUGAUGAGUGGUCAGAAGAGUUAGCUAAAUCACAUACAGAUGAGACCAGUAUUGACAUGAUGGAAUCUGCAGAGAACAUUUUCUAAAUACCCAUUCAGCUGUUGAUCAUCUUGUGAUCAAUAGAAUGACAGUGUAGCUAUUCAUUUUCUACAUAUGGGUUCAGUUUCAUUUCUAUUGGAAAUGUUUUCUUUCAAACCAUUUCAGGAGGUUUAGAAUAAAUUCUGCCUCAGCUAAAUCAGUGUGGCUCGACUAAACUGUGUGCAUUUCUCUAAUGAGACUGUGUGUCCUGUUGCAGCUGGAUGCCUCUGACGGCAAGGUGAAGUUUGAAGAGGAGCCAGGAGAGGAUAUGUACAACGAGUCCCCGUUGCCAUGAACACAUGGACACGACUUUUCACUUCUCAACUCACUGAGAGGAUCCAGUGAACUCAAACAAUGCUUUAAUAGUGACUGGUGUCUAACACAUUUAUUAGUAUGUGCCAUCAAAAUAUAUCCUUUAGGAAAAUGUAUUUUUAGCCAACUGUCCUUAAACGUCAUUGCAAUUGGGAAUGGUUGUGUGCCAAGCUAAAAUGAAGGUCUCAGGUAAGCAUUCAAACCUUUUUAAUGACAGGUAGCCUAAUAUUCUACAUUAUUGAUAUGACAAUUAACAUUAAUCUCUCAAAUACCCAAAUAAUGCCCAAAAUAUAGUCCCAUCAGUAUUAGGCAGAUAAAUAGAUAAAUGCAAUAUUCUAAGUCACACAAAAAUGCUUUUCUAUGGGACUGUUAUUUUAUCCUUUGUUCUGUAGCCUAUUUUAUAUCCUAGUUAAAUUGUUCUCCUUUGUUACAGUUUGGUUUUAUGCUUCAUUGUGAUGAAUUGUCUGCUUAUUGAAUGAAAUGAUUAUGUAGAUUACCUUUUGUUCUUGCUGUUUUGUUUAUUUGCAAGCUAAUGAUAGAAAGUGUGAGUAUGGCGGUAAAAUCAUCUUAGUUCUAUUUUUGGGUGUCCAGUGGUGUCACUCAUUCACAGUCCUUAUACCCAAAUACAUAUUUACCUCAGGAUGUAAUGCUUUCAGGAUUGCAAAGGUGGGAGGGAUACAUAUAGGAAAUUGAUUGAUUAAUCGCUGAAUGAAUUGUAACAAUAUUAUGAUGAUGUGGAGGCGGAGAAAUGUGUAAAUAUGACAAAUGAAUCACAGCAAUAAGAUCUGACUAUAGGACUAUUACACAAUUUUAUCAUCGAUCAGGGAGAGGUGUAAAAGGACAGCUGUAUAUUUGGUUUAUUGUACGUUGAUGUGUGCUUGAAUCACUGUACAACUGCUGUUUUGAUUUUCACCACCCUACCAAUUAAAUACAUUUUAAAUUUGACUCAAAA